AUUUUUUGUAUUUUUUUGAGUUUAUUAAGGGAAAAUUGAGUAUUUAUGGCUUCUACAACGUCAGAAACUAGGCGUACAGUGCCUAAUAAUAAUCAGAAUUUACCAGGAGUCGUUUCAAGACCGCUUACAGAGGAUGGACGUCCGUUAAAAUGUUAUAUUGGAAAUCUAAGUAAUCAGUGCCGUAUGUAUCAUCUCCGUGAGAAGUUUUCACCUUUUGGAACGAUUAUUAAUGUCGAAUUAAAGCCUAAUAUUGGAUGUGGUUUUGUGGAAUUUGUAGAUCCAGAGUCAUGUAUUAAGGCGUGUGAUAUGCUUGAUGGAACGGAGUUUUUUGGACAAACAUUACGAGUAGAAACUCAAAAACAAGUAUAUGGAAUAAGAAAGAUAGUUACGGAGAAACUUGAAGGAUGUUUUAAUUGUGGAGCGAAGAAUCAUUGGGCUAAGCAUUGUCCUAGGAUGCCACCGCCUGGAACGCCACAAAAUGUAUCACCACCAAGAUCGUCUAUGUUAUAUUCAGAAAAUUAUGGAUAUUUAAAGCCUUAUGGCCAUAAUGUUGAUAAUUAUGAUUAUCCGCGAUAUUAUUGUGAAAAUAUGUCUCACUGCCGGCAACCAUGUUUAAAUGGGUAUAGAGAUCCUUAUUAUUAUACGCCAAGGGAUUCAGUAUAUCGAGACCGAGAUGGUCGAGAUUUAAGGAAUUAUCAGAAAUAUAGGAAUCGGUGUCAAUGGAAUCCACCAUCUUCCGAGAAGAUUCCUGAAAAUGCACCUGUUGGUCAUAAAAGAUAUGCUAACAGCGAGCCUUGGCCUAAUGAGCCACAUCAACAGACGACUCUUCCUAGAACAUCUCAAAUGCAUGAUUCGAAAUUUAAAACAGAAAAAUCGUUAGAUGAAGAUAAAGAUAUGAAGACUCAGUUAAAGAAUUCUACUCAGUCAGAAACAGCAUCGAAAACACCCAAAAAAGAUUUUGCAUCUGAAAAAAAAGUAUCUAAUGAUCAAAAUGCAACAUCUUGCGAUUCUCCGACUGUAGCUAAAGAAGCGCAAAUUAACGAGUCUUCAGAAAAUAAGAAGGCAGUACCUUAUCGCAUGGAAAGAAAAGAACGUGUAUCAUCUUCAUACUCCGAAUCUCGAUAUAAUGAUUGCUAUAAUUAUCAAGAUUAUAUUCAUUCUGAAUCUUAUGAUCGACCAUAUUUAUCAUCUAAAUAUUCAAAUAAUGUUCCUCAUUAUGAUCAUCAUAUAAAUCAUACUAGUCGUCAUGCGCCUUUUCGUAUGAGAUCCAAAUAUCCUGAUGGUUAUAGAUAUUGUCCAUAUUCAGAACCUUAUAUGCCUUAUGCGCCUUAUGAUUCUAGUUAUAGAAGCCGUAAAUCUUUACAACAUCCAGAUUAUUCUUCAAACUCAAGAGUAGAUUGUGCUCCGCUUAAUUAUUCUCAAGGCUAUAUGCGUAGAUGUUCACCCUUACCAAAUUUGUAUUCGCCAAAUGUAUAUUCACCAACUUAUAAUUAUGGUUAUUCUGAAUAUCGUUGAAAUAUAUCAUAAUUUAUUUAGUUAAUGAAGGAUAAAAAUAAUUCUUAUUUAUAUUUUCAG